UCAGUUUACACGCAAAAAUCAGCUAUGGCGGCCUUACUUGCUGAACCUCAAUCAGGUGGAUUUGUCUUCGAAAAUACAAGACGGAAUGCACUUCUUGAAAGGAUGGGAUUGAAGGCUCCGAAAGGAGUGAAAACAGGAACCACAAUAGCUGGGCUCAUCUUUAAGGAUGGCGUUAUUCUUGGUGCAGACACCAGAGCGACAGAGGACACAAUUGUCGCCGACAAGAAUUGUUCAAAGAUUCACUAUUUGGCACCCAACAUUUACUGUUGUGGGGCAGGCACUGCAGCGGAUACCGAGGUGACCACCCAACUGAUCUCCUCCAACCUGGAGCUGCACAGCUUGUCCACGGGCCGUGAGGUGCGUGUGGUCACCGCCAACAGGAUGCUCAAGCAAAAGCUGUUCAGGUACCAGGGUUACAUCGGCGCAGCCUUGGUGCUGGGCGGCGUGGACGUGAAGGGUCCCCACCUCUACAACAUCUAUCCCCAUGGCUCCUCCAACAAGCUGCCCUUUGCCACCAUGGGCUCGGGCUCGCUGGCUGCCAUGGCCAUGUUUGAGGACCGCUACAAGCCGGACAUGGAGGAGGAAGAGGCCAAGCAGCUGGUGCGAGAUGCCAUCGCUGCCGGCAUCUUCAACGACCUGGGCUCGGGCACCAACGUGGACCUGUGUGUCAUCAAGAAGGACAAGGUGGACUACCUGCGGCCUUACGAUGUGGCCAAUGUCAAGGGAGUCAGGCAAGGUGACUACCGCUAUAAGCGAGGCACCACCGGUGUUCUGACCAAGACGGUGACGCCACUGGAGUACGAAGUCGUCGACACCGCCGUGGAGGCCAUGGAGACAUGAUGAUCUCUCCACUCACGAUUGCCGGUUACAUCUUAUUCAAAUGUAUGUUGUGUAGUUUCCCCGAGGGGACGCAUUUUGGCGAGGUCAGAAGUCCUCUAGGAAUUACACCAAUUCUGCAUCGGCGCAAGUUGGCGUAAUUUGUCCACCUAGCACAUUUGGUCUGUUUUAAACAAUUUGCGCUCAUUUCAUCCCUCAAGCAACCACACUUUUCUCACAGCCCAGCGCUGUGUGCCCAGAGCACUCCCCAAAUGAAGUAAAUUUUGUGACCUUUGAGUUGAAUUCUGAUUAUAAAAUGAAGAUAGAACAAGUAGACUGCUGACUUCUUCAAAGCUAUAACUAUAUUAUUAAAGAGAAAGUCCUCUUACAGUCGAACACGAGACUCAUCUUAUGGCCCAAAGAACAUUCCUUCUGGCCGUUUCUAGCCACUGUAGUUGCUAAAUGUUACGAUUACGACACAGUUGUCCAUAAUCAGAGCUCUCUGCCAUAAUGCAUUCAAUACUUGAGUUGGGUCACCAAGAGAGUUGUAUCGAGUCUCAAAAAAAGAUGAAUUAAUUAAAGUGAACCAUCAAGACAUCUACAGGGAAAGGCCAACAGUGAAGACUUAAAACAGUGACACAUUUCAAUUAGCAUUCUUCAUAUCAACCCUGCUUUUGUAUUAUUCUGUGAAAUAAAACUACCCAGGAAAAACUGA